AUGCCAAUCGUGCCUUAUGAUAUGCCCGCGAACUCUAGCAGGGAAUCGUCUAUCAGUGAACAAAGCACAGAUAGCUUCCGCUACUUCGACCCGUUCCAUCCACUCAAGAACGUAGCUCUUCUCGAUGAAAUUGACUUUCAGCUGGUCAAUCAAGACCCAUUCUUCCUUCUCUCCUCGAUACUGAGAACAUCAUUCCGGUCAUGGACACAGGUUCUGAAAGUGCUCGCCAACACCGUGGCCAGCUGUCAUGACAAGCUCACACUUCCUCAGACACAACUUCACCACUACUUAUCGCAGCUCAGAUCAUGCAUUGCCAUGGUCAAUCAUAUUAAGGAGUUGUUGUUGGAGAACCAGGACAUCAUGAAAAAUGGCGGGCAUUCCAAGUGGCCAAAAGCAUCGACAGAUGAGACUCGACUACGGAAACACCAGUUUCAAAGUCAGCUUAUAGCUGAUCAUGAGUAUUUACUGAGUCGCUGCGAUCACUUGCUCGUCGAAUGUGAGUCUACGACUACAGCGCUACUUGGCUUUGCUCAGCUCAUGGCUUCAGAGCGGAGUAUAUCACAAGCAAAGGAAGUGCAGCGUCUAACUGCCAUGGCCGCUGUCUUCAUUCCUGUCACGUUUGCUACAGGAAUCUUCGGGAUGAAUAUCAAAGAGUUCGAGCCGGCACCUAGGUGGUGGUAUCCAUUUACUGUAGCGCUCGUCCUUGUAUUGUUCACCACCACAUGGCUGAGCUACAAAGCUUGGAGGGAUUUGCUGGUCGGUUUUUGGCAUAAUCUUGUUGUAAGAUUUUGGCCGGGAAUGAGGAGAGGCCAGCAAUGGUGA